CCACUGAGCACUUCCGACCUGCGACACGACAGCCAGCCCUGAGUACGGAUGUGUCGGCUGCAGAAUCCAGUCGUUCCCGUCCGGCCAGUUGCAGGUCAAAGGAAGAGAGGGAGGGGCCGCUCCAGGCUGAGAGAGAGUCAAUAGAAACCAAAGAUGACUGUCUGAAAGAAAAUGGAUCCAACCAAGCCCAGCCUUUCCUCAAAGGCCCAGCAUGUAGCCGGUGGGGGGAAUGUAUCACUGAUGGGAGAGCCAUCGGCCCCACAGCGAGACAGUGUGGACGGGGAGAGGCAGAAGGACACAGAUUCAGAUGUUGACGGGACGACAGCAGCUGCAGAGAUCAACCAUCACCACAAGGGGUCAGCAGACAAACACAAGUUCAAUACGUUUGGCUAUCAGAAGCGGACAAAGCAGAAGAUCGUGACUUACUUAGCAACAGUGAAUAAAGGCCCGUCUGCAGUAGCCAAACCCAGAGCUGCACUGAGGCAGGUCCUGUUCAGCCAGGGAGGCUCUGAGAAGAACCCGGCGUCUGAGGAGCGAUGUCAGCUGGGUAUGUUGAAGCAGGAUCUGGAGACCUUUGCUGUCCCGCUCAAUCUUAAGUGGAGGUGGAAGGAGGAAAGUCAGGGAACUACACUGGAGAAGAACUGGACGGAUAUCGUGGACUCUCAUUCAACGAUGUCUAGGAUUCAGAGACACCAACAAGAGGCGCUGUGGGAGUUCGUCCACACCGAGCUCACCUACAUCAACAAACUAAUUAUCAUCACAGACUUGGUUAUUGCAGCCCUUGUCAACCUGCACCAGCAUGGAUUUCUCCUGGAGGUGACCCCUGAACUGCUUUUCUUUGACCUUCCGUCCAUCCUCACCGCACACCAGCUGUUCUGGCAGGAAGUGAUUUAUCCCAUGUUAGAAGAAGUCCGGAGGACAGGCCAGCCCUUUGACCCCAUGGCGUUAGAGGCUGGUUGCCUGCAGUUCCACGAGCGCUUUUCCUCCUAUCAGCAUUACUGUUGGGAGGAGGAAAAUAAUCUGGAGUUCACACGCAGGCAGAUGGAGGGCAACCCACAUUUCCUCACUUAUGUUCAGUGGGUGGAGACUCACCCCCAGUGUGAGCGGAUGCGGCUCGGGGACAUGCAGGCCAAACCCCAUCAGAGGAUCACAAAGUAUCCUCUGCUUCUCAUGGCCGUGCUGAAAACCACCCAGGAUCCUAAUGUACAGCACACACUCAGAGGCAUGUUAUCCAGUGUAAACAGUUUUUUGGAGAGCAUCAAUGACCACCUGAAGCUCCAAGAUGAGCAACUCGCUCUCAAUAUUUCUGCUCAGAGGGUGGAGGGAUACGAAGUGGAGUGCAUAAAUGAAGAUAUUGACACGCAUGUCCGAGAGAUUUGUCAGUUUGACCUAACGUGCCCCAUCAGAGGAGUGGGUCCUGAAGUCGUACGCAAGCUUCUGCUGGAGGAGAACCUGAAGAUUCGGGAGAGAAAAGACAGCAAGCUCGAGGUAGUGGCUCUACUUUUCUCAGAUGUCCUUCUAAUGACCAAAGUCCAGAAGAAAGGAGAGCGGCUGAAGGUAGUUCGACCUCCUCUGGCCCUCGACAGAACUUAUUGCAUCGCACUGAAAGAUGGCUGUUCAUUUGUUCUCGUGGAGGUAGGCGAGCUUCGGAGUGCUAUAAAUGUCUACAUAUUUGCAGCCAGUACCUCAGGGAGCUGCUCUAAAUGGGUCUCCACCAUCCACCAGGCAAAGGAAACACUGUGGACCCAGAGACAGACUGAGAGUAACAGACAACUGGAAAAUUGGAAAAUCCGGCAGCUGGAUGCCAAACCUCUCACAGAAGCCAAGAUGGAUGAUAUGGAGACCGAAGAACAGCCUCUUACGCAAUCAAGACAAGAGACUUUUGUGGAUGAACAUAUUAUCCCCCAAUCAAUAAAUGGGAUGUUGGCGUCUAAAGAAGCAGAGGAACAGCAUCAACCUCCAGAUGCUGAAACCACGACAAAUCCUGCUUUAACUUGUUGGCACUCCCAGCCCAAUGUGAAUAACCGUACACUAGUGCAUGAGGCUGGUUGGCAAAAAGCAGUCAAUGGAUAUGAAUGGAUAGAAAUGGAAGCGAGAGGAGACAACAUCAGGGUCCACAGAGAGGAAGAAGAGAAAAGGGGGCAAAGAGUGUGGAACCACAGGGCACAAUCUGCCCCAAAUCUGGAUACUUUCCGUCAUGGUAUAGCAGCUGAGCCAUUACAAUACAAUACUGCUGGGCCACAGGCUGUCUUAUAUCCAGAUAUUGACUAUCCAACGGAAGAAGAAAGUACUAUACACCUUCCUGACCAACCAGAUAUGUUCAGGGAGGAGUCUGAAUUGUUAGGACAAGCACAAGAGGAAGAAAUAUCAACCAAUAGGGACUCAGAUUCUCAGUCUGUGAACCAGGACUCCAGGAGAAAUUCUGACAGCAGCCAGUCUGGAGACAUGCAGACAUCUCCAGAGUCUUGGGGUUGCUCCAAAAAUUUGAAGUCACCCGGUUUACGCAGGAGGAGGCCAAACAAUACCCAGCAGAGCCCCUCUUCUCAGAUAUCUCAUCAGUUCUUCCAGGACUCAGGACAGACAAACAGCCUUUCUUUCUCCAACCCAAAUAGCCCCGUGAAAAGAAACUCUCUUCCAUCUGGGUCAGAGUCACACCGGGUGCUAAAGCUGGGCUCCCUGAAGCAUAACCAAGGGAUGUUUUUGAACAUGCAUGAUAGACUCUCUCCAGACCCCCAAACAUUGUCUGAAUCUGAGCUUCCUGAUCCUAACGUCAAUAACAGAGUGAAACCCCGAAGGAGGGCCUCUAUUCCUAACAUCAUCAAUGAAGGAGGCCAUGGACUUGGCCUGCACACCAGUAGUCUGUACACGUUUCCCCAAGCAGAGGAUGCACCUUUCCCAAAAUCAAACAGAGACCACUCAGCUCUGGAGAGUCUUUUGGAAAGAGCCAAAGAGAGGGAUGUAUUGAAAAGAGACAGAAAAGUGAAAAUGGCCAAUUUGAGUUCAAGGAAUCCUCCUUCCCCCUCGUUUUCCACCACACCUUCACCAUCGCCCAUGGAUGGAGACAGAGAAACAGGGUGGGAGGAGGAGGUGGAGCUGAUAAGACACCGAGCCCUCACAGUGAGUAAAGGAUGGAAGGAGCAGCUGGUGGACGGAGAUGACGAUGACAAGAGCAACAGUGUUUUCUUCACUGACGGAGUAAAUGUGGACUGGACGGGCUGGUGCUUAGAUGAUGAAGUCCUGGAUGUUUUACAGCCUGGAGAUGAAGGGUUUCUGGAGGACAUCCCCGGAUCUUUGGCCUCCUGGGAUAUCCCCGGACUUUCAGAGCAAGACGACAGGGAGUAUAGUCAGGUGUAGUUUUGAAGCUACACAUCAGAGUCCUGCCCUCACUGAGCGGAUCCAAAACGAUACUGCCAAUGAAAAAGCAACUGUUAUGCUGAAUAUAAAAUUCAGUCUGUGAAUGUGAACUACAGAGGGCCAAAUUAACACGGACCGUAGGCUUCAUUUUUGUGGUGAUGUCCAAAAGACAAAAAACAAUCAUCUUUCCAGCAGUUUGGCAACAUUCCAGUUUUCCAUGAUGUUAGAUCGAUCUUUCAUUCUCCUGUCCAGAGUGAAUUUUUUUAAUGUAAAUAUAAUUCAACAGGAUUUUUAUACAUAACCGUAUACAACAUUUACAUCAGUAAUAUUUUCCCAUUUCAUUUACCUGUAAAUUACAGAUUGUAUAUAAUAAUAAUAAUAAUAAUAAUAUAAUAAAGAAUUCACCAGAUGUAUUUCCAUUAAAUGUACUUUAUUUGUAAAA